AUGGGCAGCGGCCGCGGCCGGGUGCCUACAAACCGAUACAACAUAGACGCGUUCGUUGGGCCGAAGGGGAAGGCCGGACACUCGUGCACCGAACACGGUUAUUUCCUUGAAGAUAUAGACCUCGCUACCAUUGACAGUUCAUUUUGGUCUAUGUCUGGAAAGGAAGUCGAGUGGAUGGAUCCGCAACAGCGACUAAUGCUAGAGGGUGCAUAUGAGUGCCUUGAAAGCAGCGGCACUACCAGCUAUAAAGGCAAGGAUAUUGGAUGCUAUAUUGGUGUCUUCGGAGAGGAUUGGCUGGAUAUCCAAGCCAAAGUCUCACACAACUCGGACGGCAAAACAGCCGGGCUGUCAUUCCCCAGUCCCAAAAGCCACGAGGAUCUCAUUCGGCGCAGCCACGAGCUGGCCGGUAUUGAAUAUCUAUCGAAGCCAGCCAUAAUUGAAUGCCACGGUACUGGCACAGCAGUGGGUGAUCCCCUUGAGGCUUGUGCCGCCGCGCAGGUCAAAACAGAUCUAGGGCAUAGUGAAGGUGCCUCGGGAUUAAGCAGUGUUUUGAAGAUGGUGCUCGUCCUGGAACACCAGACCAUUCCACUGAACCUCAACUUCACAACCCCCAAUCCGAAAAUACCUUUUGACUCUGCGCGUCGAAGGGGUUCCUGUGGAAUGCCAGUCAUGGCCCAGCAACAAGCAUGA